AUGACAUCUACAAAAGCUACCCUUUCUUCUAUCGGCUGUGUCAAGCCAUGGAUACGAAAGUUCACCAACACUCCGCGCGACGCAUUUUUCGAUCAGUUCGCCGACUCACACGAUGCAAAAUUCGUCGAAAUAAUUGAAGGCCCUCAUGAGAGUGACAUUAAAUACAGCGAGGUUCCCCUCGACUCCAACAACCCCAAAUCCGCGCCAGAUCUCUCCGAAGUAUUUGAGCUCCCACAGCAAGAUGGGUCAAAAGGCAUUCUCAGAUUAAUAAUCUUACCUUUCAAUACUGAAAAUUACAAUGCACCGCCUCUGUCUUGGAAAGGAUUCAGGGAGCACCUCGACUUGCUACACCUAGAAAAUACCUUUAUCUGCACUGAACAGAUGCACACGCCCCCAACCUGGUUCGAAGUUCCAUUGCAAGAAGGCCUAAAAGGCCUCGUUGUGAAACCGGAAAGAUGGGACUCUAACCUCGCCAAUUUCAGUAUUUCUGUUGUCCACUCCCCAGCCUCAAGAGUUACGCACGUCGUAGCUCACAUGUUGCACAAGACUGACGUCAAACACCUGCUGCUUCGUCUACAGGCUCUCAAAGCCCUUGCAUGGCACCCUCUCCUCGUGCCACUCAUCCUGAUGGAGCAGAGGAUAGAAGGCACUGCAGAGAAACUCACCCUCAUGAGGGAUUCUCUCUACUCGGUAGAGAAGCGAACUGGAACUCACAAGAACUACCGUAAUGAUAAAUAUCAUGAAGAACUCAAUCACUAUGCUUAUGGUGAUAGGGUCUGGGAGCGGCGCCAUGAGCAGGAUGUUGACUUUGAAGCUGCUCCAGGAAAGAUCACUUCCAUCGCUUCGGACUGUGCCAUGACCGAGGCCAAAUGUCAAGUCAAUGAGAGUUUACUUGAUUGGAUACAGGAGCUAAAUGAUAGUCUUGCUAAACCCAAUACUGAUGAUGGUUCUUGGGAUAGAGCAGCAUCCUCAAUUGGGAUGAAGAUCUCGGCCUUUAAAAUGUGGUCUGGGAACAAUCGAUCCCGAAGCAUCUAUCUCGCCAAGCGAGCAGAGGCGCAGAUGCAAGCGGCAAUGUCUCAAUCUAAUGGCGCAGCGUGA